UUUGUGUUUUUGAAAAUGAUAGAAUUAAAAUUUUAUAUCUUAAAUAUUGGUGGAAUUGAUAAACAAGUAAGAUUAGUGCUGUCAUUAAUCAUCUUUGCUGCCUUUUUUUGUAGGAAUUAUCAUGUGUUUUACUAUUUACUUGCUGGAACAAGUCCUGAGGAAAAAGAGGAGCUCCACCUCACAAAACCAGAGGAGUAUUGUUACCUUAAUCAGAAUGAAUGCUACUCCCUUGAAGGGAUUGAUGAAGUUUAUGAAUUUCUAAGACUCAAGAAGUCUAUGGAGAUGGUGGGCUUUACUGGUGAUGUUCAGAAAAGAAUUUUUAGCAUUUUGUCUGCUGUUCUUCGCAUCGGAAACAUAAACUUUUCACGGAGACCAGGUCACGAAGAAGCAACCAUCAAGGACAGUGAGGAUUUCACUAUCAACAUUGUGUGCGAUCUUCUCAUGGUGACUCGCCAUAAUCUUGUCGGGGUCUUGACAACCAAGAAAACUAAAACCAGAAAUGAACAGUUUAUUGUACCCUACAAGUAUGAGGAGGCCAUAGCCACCAGAGAUGCAAUGGCCAAAGCCUUGUACGGCACCUUGUUUGACUGGAUUGUAUUACAAGUGAACCAUGCACUGGCUAUGAAAAAAUCCACCGUUGUAGAGGGAUGCUCUAUAGGAGUUCUGGACAUUUUUGGAUUUGAAGAUUACCAGCAUAACAGCUUUGAACAAUUCUGCAUCAACUUUGCCAAUGAGAAGCUUCAAUUCUACUUUAACAAACAUGUCUUUAAACUGGAGCAGGAUGAGUACAUUUCCGAAGGUAUCGAGUGGAGGAGUGUAGACUUUGUGGACAAUGCAGCCUGCCUGGACUUGAUCUCAGGCCGACCAACAGGCCUGCUAAACCUGAUUGAUGAAGAGAGUAGUUUUCCUGGAGCCACAGAAAAUUCUCUGUUGGCCAAACUGGACAAGAACCAUUCAGGUCACAAGUAUUAUGAGCAGUCUCUCAUACAACAAGCGUUUGUCAUCAAGCAUUACGCAGGAAGUGUCAAGUAUAACAUCGAGGGAUUUUUAGACAAAAACAGAGACCUUAUGAGACCAGACAUUUUGAGUGUUCUCAAGAACAGUGAUUCCAGAUUUGUGAGAGACUUGCUUGGAGCUGAUCCGGUGGCUGUGUACAGAUGGUCAAUUGUCCGGUCAUUCUUCAAAGCUGUGCAUGCUUUUAAGAUGGCUGGUAGAGAGCAUCGUUUAAGUGGUAAAGCAAAUGAUCGUUUAGCAAGUCAAGGUGGAAAAAAGAGAGGAAGUUUGAUCAAGAGCUCAAGGUUGAACAUGUUUGAUUCCGAAGAAGCGCCUGGUAUUUCAAACAGCGAAACAGCAAAUCUCUUCAGAAAAGCUUCCAGAGUUAUCAGGAGAAUGCAAAGUAACAAACAGACAACCAAGCCUCUAUCCAAGAUUCGUCAAGGUCUGGAAACCAAACGAGACAUGACUGUUCGGACGUUUGAUUACCUGUUUAGAACAAUGCAGCGAGGCAAAGGCACACCCAAAAACCCGCCUACAGUCAGCGCUCAGUUCCAGUCCUCUCUUAUCCGCCUCGUGGAAAUCCUGGAAGAGGCCCAGCCAUUCUUUGUUCGCUGCAUCAGAUCUAACGCGGAAAAGGCACCUAUGACAUUCGAUUGUGACUUGGUUAUUCGACAGUUGAGGUAUACAGGAAUGCUAGAGACUGUACGAAUCAGGACGCUUGGCUAUCAGUGGCGAUUCACGUUUGAGGAAUUUGUGAAGCGCUACAGCUUGCUGUUCCCGCGUAAAGCGAUAAAAGAUCUUCGCGAGGAGAUGCCGGGCAUUCUAGAAUCUUUGAGAUUAGAUCCUUGCGAGUACCAGAUAGGCAAAGAAAAGGUGUUUCUCCGGGACAGUCAGCACGCGUUGUUACAAACGCGCUUGCAUUCUGAGCAGAUCCACAAAAUAUGUGUUCUACAACGAUGGAUCAAAGGAGCCCUGCAGAGAAAGCAAUUUAUCAGACAAAGAAAUGCUGCCAUAACGAUUCAGGCCUGCUGGCGGGGUUACAUGGCUCGUGCUGAACUCGAGGAACAGACUCUGGCCGCCCUUCGGAUCCAGUCCCUGUGGCGAAUGUACGUGGCGCGCCGUUACUAUCACAGCGUGCGUGACAGGUUAAUUUUGAUUCAGAGUCACGCAAGGGGUUACCUGGCGAGAAAAAGACAUUUGAAAAGAGUGGAAGAACACCAAACGAUGUCAGAGAGGGAUUCCCUCAAGAAGCCCGUUUCACCUCGGCAGGAAAUUAUGCGGCCAAUCAGUCGAUCUUUAAGCGACCCUCAUGGUUACAAAGGACUUUAUUUUGAUGUCGGCUCUGAAGACCAGGAAAGCGAAGAACAGCAAGUGGUCUACAGCGACGAAGAAGAAGUAAAAACUCCAGGAUCGCCUAGAGAGCGGAGUACCUCCAAGGUGAAAGAGAUGUCCAAGCUGUUUGACAGUACUCCAAAGGAAGCUGAACCAAAAUCACCGGUUGCCCGUCAGAGGUCAUCCUCGGAACCUAACAGCCCAGAAACCAAGCGGCGGAAUCGACCUCCUCCGCUUGAUGUUUCACCGCCGCUCAGCAAACCUGUCGUGCCCAGCUUCUCUAAGCUAAGUCCCAUUCCCUCUCCGACACUCUGCAGUGAAUCUGACAAACAGAACGAUGAGCUGAAGUCAAAUGCGAGGUUUUCGCGCAAGCUGACCAGCAGUAUCCGCCGGCGCCUCUCCUCUAAAGCGAAACCUGGGCAGCGGUUUAGCGCGUCGGACGUUUUGGAUGAACGCCGACCCACGUCCACUCUGCUCGUAGCGGACGAUUUGGCUGUUAUGAGGCCUGGGGAGAAGUCGAAUUCCACCGUAAGUCUGGGACGUGCCGAGUACGGUGGCAAGGUCAAGAAAGGUUUCCUGCGUAAAAUUGCGCGCAACAACUCGUUUAGAAGAAAAUCCGACUCUCACCUCAGCAAAACUGUUGUAAAGAAACCUACUGAGAUGGAUGGAAAUACUGGCUCUCAUGAAGAUCUGGCCAGGGCUUUGAAGCAAACCAAGAUAGUCAGCUGUGCAAUCACACCAGGCCCCGUGCAGUGGAAAAACACCGGAAAGAAGUUAAUUCGGGGAACUGAGGAACUUGGGUUAUUGGAGGGCUUCUUGAUGAAUAAGGUGUCCAUCUUAAAUAAAGAAGAAAACAAACGGGACACGAUCGUCGACCGCGUAUUUAGAAAAGCUCUUCAAGAAUUCCACAUGCAACUCAUCUCGUCCUACUCUGUCCUCAUGAAGGAAGACAAGUCGUUUACGCUGAAGUAUGAAGAUCUAAUGGGACAGUUUGAAUUCACGCUGAACAAAAUAAUCAAAAGUGAGCGGAUAAGCGCCAGCUUUCCUGUCAUCAUGGGCGUGAACGCGUUUGGAGGUGUUCUUUCCGAGUUUAUCACCUCAAGAACAAGACCAGAAACCAAGCCGGCCAAGCAUCACAAGAAACCUCAUUUGAAGAAACGGAAGUCUUCGGAACUCACAGAGUUUAACGGCCACAAGUUCGCCACAACGCAGUUUAGUAUUCCAACGUUUUGUGAGCACUGUACAGGGUUUAUCUGGGGACUCGACAAAGGAUUCGUCUGCCAAGAGUGUAGAUUUACUUGUCACAAAAAGUGUCAUGCCAAGUCUCAAAACAUAUGUCGGAAAGGAGCAAACAAAUCAAAGGGAAAGACGGAGUUGUUUGGAGGUGACUUAUCUAGUCUUGUGUCCAGCGAAAACUCUGUUCCGCUGCUAGUUGACAAACUCAUUCAAGACAUUGAGUCAAGAGGUUUGUACACUGAAGGCCUUUAUAGAAAAUCUCCAAGCAACGUAGCUGUUAAAAAGCUAAAGAACGACAUUUGUACGUUAGGAAUUGAUAAUUUGUCUUUAGAGGAGUACAGUGUACACGUGGUAGCUGGGGUACUUAAACUGUUCUUCAGGCAGUUGUCGCCGCCUAUUAUCGCGGCUGAUUUCUACAUGGAUUUUAUUCGCACUGCAGAACUAACCGAAGAGAAGUUGCGUCUUCAAGCUCUCUACAGUUUGGUACAAAAACUGCCUCGAGCGAAUCGAAACGCUCUUGAAAGACUGGUCUUUCAUCUUGCAAGAAUAUCCCAGCAUCAGGAGGAGAAUCUAAUGAACGCGAAUGCCCUGGCUAUAAUUUGGGCACAGUGUAUCAUGGAAACGCCGCCAGGAAUGAGCGCGUUGGAGAGCAUGCAAGAUGUGGGUAAACAGACGAGAUGUCUAGAAACCCUAAUUAUCGGUCAGCUAUCCAAGAUCCGGGCAACCAUUAACAACAUCCGGGAAAUCGAUAACGCGUCGGACACAGCUCACAAGCGCUUGUCGAUGUUGCACCUCAACGAGGAAGAUGAUGGCUUAGUUGAAAAUGGUUUGGAAGGAGAGGAAGAGGAGAAACGACUCCUCACCCAGCAGCUGUUCGAACUUCAAGAGCAAAGAGCUGUUUUAACAGCCAAACUGACGAGUUUAGAGCCUCGUGUCCAUAGAGGAGGGGACAGUGGAGAAGAUAUGACUAGUGAUGAUUGUCAAACAGAUGACGACUUGGAGGGAACUGAGGAGGAGAGGGUGGAGGAGUACGCAGUUACCUUUGACCUCCCUGCUACCCCUGUUCACUUACGCCAUUUAACAAAGAACCGCGUGGGACAGCCCGCAGUGAAAAGGCGUCGACCCACGAGGGCCAAGUUAAGAGAGCUAGCAAUACAAAGAUGAAACACUUCAUAGCAUACUACUUAGAGUAUCUCUUCUAGGGCGUCUGUCUCAACGAGGAAAACUCGACUAUGUAAGUCACUGAUUCUGGCGUUGCUGUGCGAAGCCUGACUGAACAGAAAUGUACUGGUCUCGUCGACAUUUUCAUUUACGCAGGUAGUGACUAUUAAACGCUAUGAAUUGAAAUGGCGUUGAAUGACUCUUUAAAGCGUAGGAGUGCUAGCGGAGCUGAAUUGUUUAGAGAAGGGAGAGACUUAAUGAUGACGCGAAUCUACGAGAUAGAUGAAGAUGUGAUGUCAUUUGUAGCCGUUUAACUGAGUUGUCACGGAACGGUGAACCAUUGCGUGACAGCCAAGAGUAUACUGCUGCUGUUAAGCAUAUUGUAGAUCUAGCGUUUAAAAAGCGAGAAACUUUUAAAAUAGUUCAGCUGCAAGUCUAGGAAGCCCUAAUGAAAGUGUUGCAGUUUAGAUUUAUUCUUUUAAUCUUACGAGAAUUUUUUAUUGAAUUGUACAUAAUAACUCAUCCGCACCUAGAACUUGUGUUUUGAUUCCACAAGACUAGGGUUGGUAACCUGGGUGGUCAAUGAUUACACGCUCCAUAAAACAAGUUUGACUGGUUUAUCAAAGAAAACAAGAGUUACAAGUUGUCUGGGGACUGACAUAUGGAAAAUAUAGAAUUAUUAAGGCUUAUAAGGAGAAUGACAUUGUUUGUCCAUGUCGUAAGCUAAGUGGAAAUGCGAAAUCAUAGACCUGUUGUUGUGCCGAAUGAAGUUAUUCCAUGGCGCGGGCGCCAUAUUUUUCCACGCGAUGCCUCAUGGGACGGUCACAAUACCAUUUAAAAUGAUUAUAAAAAUAUUGCGCAAAUUACGCUACCAUAGAUAUUGGUUUUAUUCUUUCCUACAGUAAUUUGAGAAACAAAUUAAGAGAUUUGUUUUCUAUGAAACUGUAAGCCCGCAGUUCAGACGUCGGAAGCAUAUACCGUACAUAAAAGAAUGGGCAAAAAAUCCGGUCUCGGCAUUUUAGAUUGGGACUAUUUUCAGCCAGUCUUAAGUGGGUGAGUGAAUGAAACAAUUAUACCAAAAAAUUAAAAUUAUUUUAUUAGAUAGCGAAAAAUGGGUGAAAACACAAAUGGAGGGAAUUAUUUCAUUGGCAUAAAAUGUCGCUGUCUUUGCAAGUGUCGUUCCACUUGAAAUAAUGUACUUGAGCGUGUUCAAAUGAAUUGUGAAAUGUUCAGGAAAUGUAAACAGUGGUAAUUCAUUGAUGUAGAAUUUAUUUAUACAUAAUAUUGAAAUUAUUACAUGACUGGCUUUUCCUUUAGUUUUGUACUUUCUUGUAAAAUGUUUGCACGCGCGAUUGUUACUGCCAAUAUCUUGAAAGUAGUAUGAAUUAAUAUAUGUGUAUGUAAGGAGGUUUUAAGUAUUUUCGUCCUUCUAAAAAUUAAAUUCACCUUUCGAAGACAA